GCCCUCGGCCCUCCCCCUGCCCGCUCCUCCCCGCGCCGCCCGCCGAGCCCGGUCCAGCGCGGCGAGCAUGCACCCGACGAGCUAGGAGGAAGCCGGCAGCCCCGCAGGAAGCGCCGAGCGCCGGCCCAGCCCGCCGGACGCGCCGCCCCCCGCCCCCCCCGCCGCGGGCAGCGCCCCCUCCUCUGCGGGCGCCCCCAGCCCCACACCCCCCCACCUUCCCGGGGGGUGGGGGGGUGCGGGCCGCCGGAUCCGGGGGCCCCGCCGCCCCAGAAGCCCAGGACAGCCCCCCAGGCCCGGCGCGGCCAUGGAUCUGACGAGCAGCUCGGGCGGCGGCGGCGACCCCCGGCAGAUCGAGGAGACCAAGCCGCUGCUGGGGGGCGACGUGUCGGCCCCCGAGGGCACGAAGAUGGGCGCCGUGCCGUGCCGCCGGGCCCUGCUGCUGUGCAACGGCAUGAGGUACAAACUGCUGCAGGAGGGCGACAUCCAGGUCUGUGUCAUCCGGCACCCGCGGACCUUUCUCAGCAAGAUCCUCACCUCGAAAUUCCUGAGGCGCUGGGAGCCGCACCACCUAACGCUGGCCGACAACAGCCUGGCGUCCGCCACGCCAACCGGGUACAUGGAAAACUCCGUCUCCUACAGCGCCAUCGAGGACGUGCAGCUGCUGUCCUGGGAGAAUGCUCCGAAGUACUGUUUACAGCUCACGAUCCCCGGGGGAACAGUCCUACUGCAGGCUGCGAACAGCUACCUGCGAGACCAGUGGUUCCAUUCCCUGCAGUGGAAGAAAAAGAUUUACAAGUACAAGAAAGUCCUCAGCAACCCCAGCCGCUGGGAGGUUGUCUUGAAAGAGAUCCGGACCCUGGUGGACAUGGCCCUCACGUCCCCGCUGCAGGAUGACUCCAUCAACCAGGCGCCGCUGGAAAUCGUCUCCAAACUGCUCUCAGAGAACACAAAUCUGACCACCCAGGAGCAUGAAAACAUCAUUGUGGCGAUCGCCCCGUUGCUGGAGAACAACCAUCCACCGCCGGAUCUCUGUGAAUUCUUCUGCAAGCACUGCAGGGAGCGGCCCCGGUCCAUGGUGGUCAUCGAGGUGUUCACCCCCGUGGUCCAGAGAAUCCUCAAGCACAACAUGGACUUUGGGAAGUGCCCGCGACUGAGGCUGUUUACUCAGGAGUACAUCCUUGCCUUGAACGAGCUCAACGCGGGGAUGGAGGUGGUGAAGAAGUUUAUUCAGAGCAUGCACGGCCCCACCGGGCACUGCCCCCACCCCCGGGUCCUGCCCAACCUGGUGGCUGUGUGCCUGGCCGCCAUCUACUCCUGCUACGAAGAGUUCAUCAACAGCCGCGACAACUCCCCCAGCCUGAAGGAGAUCCGGAACGGCUGCCAGCAGCCCUGUGACCGGAAGCCCACCUUACCUCUGCGCCUUCUGCACCCCAGCCCGGACCUGGUGUCUCAGGAAGCCACGCUGUCCGAGGCGCGGCUCAAGUCGGUGGUCGUGGCCUCCAGCGAGAUCCACGUGGAGGUGGAACGCACCAGCACUGCCAAGCCGGCGCUGACGGCCAGCGCGGGCAACGACAGCGAGCCCAACCUCAUCGACUGCCUCAUGGUCAGCCCCGCCUGCAGCACCAUGAGCAUCGAGCUGGGCCCCCAGGCCGACCGCACACUCGGCUGCUACGUGGAAAUCCUCAAGCUGCUGUCGGACUACGAUGACUGGAGGCCGUCGCUGGCCAGCUUGCUUCAACCCAUUCCGUUCCCCAAAGAAGCCCUCGCGCAUGAGAAGUUCACCAAGGAGCUGAAGUACGUCAUUCAGAGGUUCGCCGAGGACCCGCGACAAGAGGUGCACUCGUGCCUGCUGAGCGUGCGGGCAGGCAAGGACGGCUGGUUCCAGCUUUACAGCCCUGGAGGGGUGGCCUGUGAUGACGACGGGGAGCUCUUCGCCAGCAUGGUGCACAUCCUCAUGGGCUCCUGUUACAAGACCAAAAAAUUCCUGCUCUCCCUGGCUGAAAACAAGCUGGGCCCCUGCAUGCUCCUGGCGCUGAGGGGGAACCAGACCAUGGUGGAGAUCCUGUGCUUGAUGCUGGAGUACAACAUCAUUGACAACAACGACACGCAGCUGCAGAUCAUCUCAACCCUGGAGAGCACGGACGUGGGCAAGCGCAUGUACGAGCAGCUGUGCGACCGGCAGCGGGAGCUGAAGGAGCUGCAAAGGAAAGGUGGGCCCACCCGGCUAACACUGCCCUCCAAGUCCACAGACGCUGACCUGGCGCGUCUCCUGAGCUCCGGCUCCUUCGGCAACCUGGAGAACCUCAGUCUGGCCUUCACCAACGUCACCAGUGCCUGCGCGGAGCACCUCAUCAAACUGCCUUCUCUCAAGCAGCUCAACCUGUGGUCCACUCAGUUUGGAGACGCCGGCCUGCGGCUCCUGUCGGAACACCUCACCAUGCUCCAGGUGCUCAACCUGUGCGAGACCCCGGUCACCGACGCCGGCCUGCUGGCCCUCAGCUCCAUGAAGAGUCUGUGCAGCUUAAACAUGAACAGCACCAAGCUCUCGGCGGACACCUACGAGGACCUGAAGGCCAAGCUGCCCAACUUGAAGGAGGUGGACGUCCGCUACACGGAGGCCUGGUGACGCUCCCGGCGGCUGGAGGACCUCGCACUACGACAAACAGCUCUCAACUCGUAGCCGUAGCGUGGCCGGUCCUGGGCUCCCUCCCAGCGCCCCGGCUGCGAGCUAGAUGGGGGAGUCUUUCUGGGGGCAGAGGGGGGUGGGGGUGGGGAGGGGGCCACAAGCACGCCCAGCCCCCGCCGAAUUCUUUUAGCUUCAUUCAUCGGAACCUUUGACCUGAUCUAAAGCGGACUUUGUAGCAACGAGAGGAGCAUCAGCGGGUCGGGGAGGGGUGGGGGGCCCUUUGUGGAUUUUCUUUGCCUUUGUGUUGAACGCCGUGCGGGGAAAGUCACCUCCGAAGCCACCGCCACGGGCCGGACCAGGGGUGCUUUCUUCCCAGAGGCUCCGAGCGGAGCGCCAGCUGCCGUGGGACGAGAAGACCCAUCACGCCACUGCACCCGUCCUGUGUCCUCACCAUUGCUAUGCAAAGUGGUUCUUGUUGUACAUAAGAUUUAAAUAAUGCACCUAUUUAAGACAUGUUGACAAAUUGCAGGUCUGGGACCUGCCUCUUAUUUAUGAAGUCUUUGGCCCCGCCCCGCCCCACCCCGUGUAGUACUGUACAAACCGUUCCGCUGUUGGGUUAGUGGUAGUGUUACUGUUAUUUUUUUUUUAAAGGAAACAGACACACACAAAAAAAGAGGAAAAAAUGGAGAAAAAAAAAGACCCUCCUUGGACAAUUAAUUGCUUUUUUGUAAUGGAUUCCGUGCGCUAAUGCUCUCUCCUCCGUCUGUGCGUCUGUCCGCCCCCUCCAUGCUUCUCUGAUUUCCGGAUGUGUGCGGCGUCCGCUGGUGUGGGGCAGGCUGGGCCCCCGGUGCAGGUCUGCUCCUCAAAGCUGGGUUCUGUGCCUCAGCCCCUUUUACAGGUUUGGAGGUGGGGUGCUAACCCGUCCUCCACGGUCCCCACCCCCAGAGAGCACCCAUCUCUUUUGGCCUUGGCCGUGCCCUGUCCCUGACCAAGACCCCCGCCAUCGUGUGCGCCCCGUGGCCCCCUCAUGCAUGCCCGCCUCUCUGCAUGGUCUCUUGGGAGAAGAGAGAUAACGUCCCCCUCGCCAGCCUGACUUCCCAGCCCCCCCAUAAAUGUGACCACUGCUGCGAAGACGCUCCUGUCCCCGCGCCCGCUCCAAGACAAGCCAACCUCCAUUUCUUUUAUAAACAGUCGGCUUUUUCUUAAUGAACCCUCACUGUACAGAACAGCCCCUCGAUGGUUUCUUUGGGGUCCCCCUCCCCGCCCCAGCCCCUUUUUUCUGUUGGUUUAGCACAAAUACGUACCCCCACUCCACCCCCCGCACCUCCAGACUUCACCCACAGUCGAUGUAAUUGUUUUAUAACUGUUUAAUCCUAUUCGAUGGAAACCAUGCUUCUGUCGUUUUAUACUUUGCUAGGUAGACUUUAUUAUCCCCCUACUAUGCCCUCAUUUUUUUAAAAAAGGAAAAAAAAGAGAAAUCGGGCUUCAGUCUUAAUUCAUUUUCCGUGCCAGAAAAGACGUAUUUUAUUUCGUGCGUGUGUGAGUGUGUUCUGUUCCGUGUUCUGUUCCACGUUGUUGUCGUUUUCCGUUGUUUGGUUUAAUUUUCUUCCCCUCCAAUCCCAUAUUUUACAGCACUCUGGUGCAGGAAGAAGCAGAAGCAAAAAAAAAAUAAAAAAUAAAAAAACCAACAAAAAACAAAACAAAAAAAAACAAAAAAAAAAACUUUAAAAAAGAAAAAAAAAAGAAGAAACGAGACAUGCCACCUUCCCCCCGCACUGUUGCUUUUCCUGGUGGUUAAUACUACUGUCGCGUAGCUGUGUACAAAGAGAUGUGAAAUACUUUCAGGCAAAAAUAAACUGUAAGUGACUCAUCA